AUGGACAUUUUGGACAUUGGUGCUAAAAAUAAUAGAGUUCAGAUUCCGAUGGGAAUAGUGUGUCUUUACGGCGAUGGAAGUGGCGACGACGGCAAAAUGUUGGAAGAAGAUGUGUUGAAGAAGAAGAUACGAUUGAAGAUCCUGGAACAAGCGGAUCUAAGACGAGGGUACACCCUAAGAGUGUGCGCACUGGAUUCCUUCCACACAUCUUCAAUUAUCUCCACAAACAGAUUCAAGCUUCUUAUCGGUGGUAUGUACAGAGUCAGCGGCACCGCCGAAAACGCCACCGCGAAGAACAAGUCGUUCCUUGUCAACCCCGGCGAUCCCUCCGACUACAGCGGCCUCCUGAACAGAUGCUACGUCGUCGUUUCUGUAAACGCACCUCCCCUCCGCGUCUUCGAUCCUCACUGCCGGUGGCCGCAGAGCGAGAUUGUCAGAAGAUCCAUUGAAAUGAUACUGAGUGAAGAACCUGCGUCUUCAAAUUUGAUCUGCUGCGAUUACGAUGAAGACACUCGCUCGAGUGAUGUGGUUGAUAUCCUAACUUCCUCAAUUUGGACACUCCUUCUAAAGAGAGUCGGCGAUAUUCUGAUGGUGUAUUUGUUAAAGUACACUUCAAUAUUUCUGCCUCUGCCUCGAAUGAAGCACCGUCAGAUUACCGGUGACCCCAUCAACAACCUCGUCCCCUCGGUGGGGUUGCCUUUCUCUAAAUCUCAGCAUCGUCCAGUUGCGCAAAAUGGUAACUUUAUCGAACAUUGCAAUUUUUUAUUUAUUUUUUCAUAA